GGGGGGUGCGGGUGUUCCUGCCAGGCUCCAGCCGCUCUCCAAUCGUGCUCGGGGAGCUGGCAGCGCCGGAGCGGGGCGGGACAGGGCAGGAUGGCGUUGCAGGAAGUUCUGCCUGCGAAGCAGCCGCCUCCGCAGCGGAGCCGUACCCGGGACAGGCACGGCAGGAGGCGGAUGGGCAGCUCCGGGCUGCGCUCCGUGACCCCGGCAGAUCGAGCACGGGCAGUUCCCGGCUGGAAUCCUGCAGGACGAGUUUCCCAGGAUGUUGGCUGUGAGCACCGCCCGGGCUCCUGAAGGAUCACCCUGCUGAGCCCUGCUGGGGCGGGAGCCUGAGUCAGCACCAGCACAGCCGGUUCUGCCGGGCUGGACCACGCUGGGGCAGGUGGAGGAUGUCCCGGGCCAUGCAGUGCCAGAGCUCUCUGCCCUGGGGCAGCUGGGCACGGCUGCCGCGGUCCCUGCCAGGGACGAGGGGGACCCGCAGCGUGUCCGUGUGCGCUGCUGCCGUGCCAGGUGGUGCAGGCAGGCGGUUCCUCAGGAGGAUCCUUCGCACAAGCAGCAUUUCCCUCCCCAGGGGCUGUGCUCACUACCAGGGAGACUCCCAGGAGAAAUCUGCCCAGCCCAGCUCCUCUCGCCAUGGUCAGUCCCAGCUGAGGAACGUGGCCUUUUCUGGUGCCAUCAAGAAGCACCAGAAGAGCCUGUCUGCAUGGUUCAGCCACCAGCCCAAUGAGGAGAGACAGUUUGGCCCUUCCUUCUCCCUGGAUGCCGUCCACGUGGACCCAGUGAUCCGGGAGAGCUCCCUGGAGGAGGUUCUGAAGCCUUCUCCUGAUUUAACCAUCCAGAACCAGCUCCAGCAGCCCUCUAGAAAGGUUAUCAGCCUCCACAACCUCUUCGACGUGGACGCCUGUGGGCGGCAGGUGAAGAACGUGGUGCUCUACGGCACCGUGGGCACGGGCAAGAGCACCCUCAUCAAGAAGAUGGUGGUGGACUGGUGCCACGGCCGCCUGCCCCGCUUCCAGCUGGUCAUCCCCUUCUCCUGCGAGGACCUGUCCCACAGCCACGCCCACGUGUCCCUGCGGCGCCUCAUCACCAAGAAGUACCAGCACCUCCGGGAUGUGGUGCCAGUUCUGGAAGCUUCCAACCUCAGCGUGCUCUUCAUCCUCAAUGGCCUGGAGCGCCUCAGCCUGGACUUCCGCCUGGCUGGCACGGAGCUGUGCUGUGACCCCAACGAGCCCGUGCCUCCCUCUGCCAUCGUGGUCAACCUGCUGCGGAAAUACCUCCUGCCUGAGGCCAGCAUCAUCGUCACCACGCGCCCGUCGGCCGUGCGCCGCAUCCCCGGCAAGUACGUGGGGCGCUACGCCGAGAUCUGCGGCUUCUCCGACACCAACCUGCAGAAGCUCUACUUCCAGAUGCGCCUCAGCCAGCCUGGCUGCUCCGGAGAGGAAAUCCAGGACCGCCGCUCAGCGGAGCAGGAGAACCUGGUGGAGAUGCUGUCGAGGAACUUGGAGCGCCACAACCAAAUAACGGCUGCCUGCUUCUUGCCGUCCUACUGCUGGCUGGUGUGCACCACCCUGCACUUCCUCUACUUCACCAGGAUGGUUCCUCCCAGCCAGACCCUCACUGGUAUCUACACCAGCUUCCUGAGGCUCAACUUCAGCGGGGAGGUGCUGGACAGCACCGACCCCACCCACAUCUCCAUGAUGAAGUACGUGGCCAAGACAGUGGGCAAGCUGGCCUACAAGGGGGUGAUGUCCCGCAAGACCUGCUUCUCAGAGGAAGACCUGCGGCAGUGCUUCGAGGUGGAGAUGAAGACUGAAAGCGAGCUCAACCUCCUGGAGGUUUUCCGCAGUGACGUCUUCCGCUUCUUCCUCAGCCCGUGCGUGCAGCCGGGCAAGGAGCACACCUUUGUCUUCACCAUCCCCGCCAUGCAGGAGUACCUGGCAGCCCUGUACGUGGUGCUGGGUGAGAAGAAGACCCUGGUGCAGAGAGUGGGGAAGGAGAUGUCAGAGGUCCUCGGGAAGGUGAGCGAAGACGUGGCUGUGGUUGUGAACAUCGUCUCCAAGGUGCUGCCGCUGCGUUUCCUCCCCGUGCUCUUCAACCUGCUCAAGAUCUUCCCUCGUUACUUCUCCCGGGUGGGCGGCAAGGACAGGGAUACCAUUGCCCACACCAUGGCAGAGGAGCUGUUCAAAGAGGAGGAUUACUACAACGACGAUGUCUUGGACCAGAUCAACUCCAGCAUCCUGGGCGUGGAGGGCCCCAUGCGCCACCCCGAUGAGAUCCCGGAUGAUGAGGUCUUUGAGCUCUUCCCCAUUUUCAUGGGCGGGAUCCUGUCCCGCCGCAACCGCGCCAUCCUGGAGCAGCUGGGCUGCUCCAUCAAGAACCUGGCAGCCUUCGAGAUCGCCAAGGCCAUGAAGAAGACGGUGAUCAGGAAGGGCCGCAGGGGCCUGCCCCCCUCAGAGCUCAUGGACUACCUGUUCUUCCUGCAUGAGUUCCAGAACGAGCGCUUCACGGCCGAGGCCAUCCUCUCCCUCCAUGCUGUCAACCUCUCCUCCGUCAAGAUGACCCCUCUCAAGUGCUCUGUGCUGGCGUCUGUCAUGAGCACCACGAGUCACGAGGUGGAGGAGCUGAACCUGACCUCCUGCAACCUGGACAGCAGCAGCUUGAGGACCCUCUUCCCUGUCCUGCUGCGAUGCAAAGCUCUCCAUCUGCAGCUCAACAGCCUUGGCUCCGACGCCUGCAAGGAAAUUCGUGACCUGCUCCUGCAUGACAAGUGUGUGGUGAGCAGCCUGCGGCUGGCCAAUAACCCUGUGGGCGAGCAGGGCGCUCGCUACCUGGCCGAGGCGCUGGCUGGCAACCGCUCGCUGCAGCAGCUGUCCCUGCUGCACACCGCACUGGGGGACCCCGGCGCCGAGGCCAUCGCCCAGCACCUGGCCCAGAACCAGCACCUGCAGGAGCUCAACCUGGGCUACAACUCCCUGACGGACACGGCGGCCCUGCGCGUGGUGGAGGUGGCCAAGAGGCACGAGACGCUGGACAAAGUGCAUCUCUACUUCAAUGACAUCAGCGAGGAUGGCAAGAGGGCUCUCGACAGCCUGCGCAUGGACCGGGAUGGUGUCAGGGCUCUGGUUUUCCUCACGGCGGGCACCGACGUCUCCGAUUACUGGUCCCACAUCCUGAACGUGGUGCAGAGGAACCUGCCCUUCUGGGACCGUGAGCGCGUCCGGCAGCACCUCGCCCUCCUCCUGCAGGACCUGGAGAGCAGCCGCAGCCAGACUGCCAAUCCCUGGAGGAAGGCCAAAUUCCUGCGAGUCGAGAGCGAGGGCUCGAGGGAGACAAGAUGUCCAUCAUAUGCUGAGGGCUUGGGGGAGCCCCGCUUCUACCUCCUGACCAAGGACAGCACAGAGACCUUCGGCUUCUGCCUGCACGAGGAGCUGGGCUGCCAGGGCCACAUCAUCCGGCAGAUUGAGCUGGGGGGGGUGGCCCAGCGCAGGGGGCUGCAGGAUGGGGACCGCCUGCUCCAGGUCAAUGGCCACUUUGUGGACCACAUGGACCACCUCAGGGUGGUGCAGAAGAUCAAGGCCAGUGGGAACCAGGUCCUGCUGGCAGUGCUGGAUGGUGACUCCUACGAAGCAGCCAAAUCCCUGGGCAGGGACCUGUCCCAGAUGCUGCCGGAUGACAUCCGCCCGCGCCUCUGCCACGUCACCAGGGACAAAAGCGGCUUUGGCUUCAGCGUGUCGUGUCCAGAAGGAACCAAGGGCACCUUCCAGCUGUCGGUGCUGCAGGACGGGCCAGCGGACAGAGCAGGGGUGCCACCAGGCUGCUGGCUGCUGGAGCUGAAUGGGGACAGUGUCAAGAGCUACUCCCACACCCAGCUCACCAGAAAGCUUAAGCAGAGCGGCAACAAGGUGACACUGCUGGUGGCAUCCAGCGCCGUGGAGGAGUUCUAUCGCCUGCGGGGCCUGCGGGUCACGGCUGCCUUGGCAGACACCUCCAGGCUCCCCUUCAAGGUCCGGGAGCUGCACCUGGUGAAGGGUCCUGCUGGCUACGGGUUCCUGCUCAAGGAGGAUGACUGCAGCACGGGAGGAGUAGGCCAGUUCCUGUGGGAUGUGGAUGUGGGGCUGCCAGCAGAGCAGGCAGGGAUGAGGGAAGGGGACCGUGUGCUGGCUGUGAACGGGGAGAGCAUCGAGGGGCUGGACCAUGAGCAGACGGUGCGCAGGAUCCGCGCCCGGGAGGAUCAGGUGACACUGCUGGUCAUCGACCCCGCUGGGGACGAGUUCUACCACUCGAUCGGGCUGUCCCCCCUGCAGUUCUUUGAGGACAGUGACCCUGCCUCAGGCUCCUGCACGCCCUCCCUGCCCUCUCGAAGUGGCUCCCCUGUGCUCUGUGAUGUUGAGGUGGCACCCAAGGGACCUGUGUCCUGGCUGAUGGCUGCUGCCAACAGUAUAGAGAUCAUACAGAGCCAGCGCCAGGAGGAGCACACUAAGCUGUACCAGGCAUUCUAACAGCCCAAGAGCCUCUGGACAGGCUCUCCCACACAGCAUCUCCACCCAGGCCACGUCCAGCCCCUCGGGGCUCAGCACUGCUCAGCACGGACCCUGCACACGCAGCUCCUGUGUCUCCAUGCCUGGCUCACAGCAUGACACUCCCAGGGACUCGUCUCUGCUCACUCAGGCUGGCUCAGAGCUUUUAUCGACCACAGUGGCAGCUCCUCCUAACCUGACCACACACCUGUGUCUUCGCCUGCCCAGCUACCUCCAGGGAUUCCUCAGGACAUUGCACUGAAGCCCUUGCCCAGCUCCAGGCUCUGGGAGUUCCCAGGAAAGCUGGGGUGCUGCCCUCUGCACCAUGAGCCAGGGGACUUGAGGGCUGGCUCAGAUCUGCACCUGCAUGGACAUCUCUCCUGUGCUUCUCCUCUCCCUGAACCUGUGGGCAGUGAGUGUCCACCACCCAGCACCACCCUGUUCCUGCACCACCCUUUUGGGGUGAUUAAAGGACAAAUCCAUGCU